AUGGAGAACUUAGAGAGCAUCGAUUCUGUCAAUGACACAGAAGGUCCACGAGUUGGAAUGCUUCAUGAUGCCAACGAAAACGGGUCCAUUGACCCGGUAGAGAAGGUCAGCAUUGUUGCUAUGAUCUUCCUACCAAUCAUCAUCUUCGUAGGUGUCUUUGGAAACACUCUAGACUGCAUUGCCGUGAUCAGCAUCCAAAAGCUCCGCACAGUGGCGAAUUCCUUCCUGGUCUCUCUGGCAAUAUCCGACCUUGCUGUCUGUAUCAUUGUCCUCCCACUUGGUCUCUACGAAGCCAUCGAUUUCGGUAGCUGGUACCUUGGUGAUAUCCUCUGCAACACUUGGUUCACACUGGACAUCAUCCUCAGUACUGCUUCAGUUUGGAACCUCUGUGCAAUUGCAGGAGAUCGCUAUCUGGCAAUCACCAAGCCCAUCUGGUAUGCGAACAGAAGAUCUAGCAGAUUAGCUUUCAUUGCUAUUGCAGCGGUUUGGGGCUUACCGGUGCUACUCACGGUUCCCUCUACUAUUUUAAUGUAUCAUAACGCCCGUGAUUAUGAAAACGUAUGCUACGUAAAUGUCAAUUUUUCGUACUUUACUAUCGCUUGCAUCCUCGCUUUCUUCCUACCGUGUGUACUUGUUCUUGGUGUCUAUAUUCGUAUCUUCUUGGCCGCAAGGGAUCACUUCCUGCGAAAACCGUCUGCAGCUCGUAACCGGAAGAAGUCCUCGAGCGCUGGCACUGACCGCAGUUUGGACAGCAUGGGUGAUAGCAGCGGUAAUGCAAACGCGGGCGUUACGAUCAAUGGCAAGACGGAGUAUACGAUGACCGGAAGUGCGGGGAGUAUCAACGCUCUCAACAACCCCGCAAGGAAGAACAGUACGUCCGCUGCGACAGAGAGCUUCUUGGAACUUCUGGACAACCGCCCACCACUGAAACAACGCACGUCCAGGAUCCCACGGAUUUCAGUAAGCAGGGAGAAGAAAGCUGCUAUAGUCCUUUCCAUCGUAGUAGGUGCCUUUAUCAUCUGCUGGUUACCAUACUUCACUGUUGUUCUUAUUUAUGCUGCCUCUGGUGGAAGAAUUAUGGCAUCAGAUGAGAUUUUCGUCGCAUUCUCCUGGUUAGGCUGGUCAAACAGCAUCAUCAAUCCCAUCAUCUACACUAUCUAUACCAAGGAUUUCAGGAAAGCUUUCAAAUACAUCUUAAAAUGCCAGUGCGACAGUUUGAUACCAACGCGUACAUCAAGCUCAAGCUAGCAAUGUCCACAAUCUUGUAAAUAAGACAUUCGACUUUUUUUUCCCACAAAUAUAUUUAACAGGUGUUUGAUGAUUCUUCUUCAGUGGAAAUAAACGAUUGACUUGGACACUUAUGAUAAUUAUGUCAUAAAAGAGGAACAGUUUUC